AUGUAUAUUAUUGAAGGUACAAUGCAAGUUAUCGAACAAAAUCAAGAAACUAUACAAAUUAUAUUUGGAAUUCCAAGUUUUUUACUAUUACGUUUUCUUGGUACAACUCGUUAUUUGUCAUUAAGUAUGAUUUUAUGGGGAAGUGUUAUGAUUGGUAUGGCUUUUGUAACUAAUGCUAGAGAAUUACUUGUUCUCCGUUUUCUUCUGGGUAUGAUUGUUGCAGCUUAUUUUCCUGGUAUAACCAUUUAUCUUUCUUUAUGGUAUCGAAAAGCAGAACAAACUAUGAGAAUAUCGCUUUUCUUUGGAGCUGCCAUCACUGCUGGCAUUUUUGGAGGAAUUAUAUCUUAUGGUAUCGCACAAAUAAGAAAUCUAUCUAGUCUAAAAGAUUGGCAAUGGAUUUUUUUGCUCGAAGGUAUACCAAUAAUUCUACUCGGUGUUCUAACAUAUUUAUUUCUUAGUAGUAUACCUGAAACAGUUCAAUGUAAGAAUCAACAAAAUAAUAAAACAAUAUUAUUAAAUUCUUUCAAAACUUAG